AUGGGUGGACAAAUAUCUGUUCGAGUCCCUGCUAUCAACUCCUUUGGAUACAUACCUAGCAGAAGAACGGCUAGAUCAAAUGCCUUGUUCAAACCAAUCAUCUCCAAGGAUGAGGAAACACAGCAUCUUAUUAAGGCUCCUGGAGAAGGAAUGAAGUGCAUCUCCUUCAAUCAACUGGUGGUUUGUCUAGUAUCUCUGACCAUGAAACUUUCUUGGGCCAAAGAGCUCCCCCUGGAGUCAGAGUUCAUGCAGCUUGACUUUGGUAGACAAAGCAAGCCAGAUUCAAGACUAAACCUGCUCACAGUCUUUGUCAACAGUAAUUUGGGCGAUGAUGGGGACCAGGCACUUCCACACAGGCAGUCAGCAUUACCCACACUGGUGAGAAGAGAAAGGGUAGCUACAAGAGGUGGAAACGAUGGAUUAGAAGAGAAAAAUGAGAUCUCCCUCCUCUUCCUCCUCAUUAAUAUCUCCAAAGAUCUUGGAGCCCUUGCCAAAAAUGUGACUGAGACCUCACAUGGGUUUUCAAAUCAGGCAAAUGCAUCUGCAUUUCUUAUUUUUCACUGUCUUCAUGUGAUUGACUGGGUUCUAUCAUUGAAGAAAACUCACCUCUGUACAAGCCUUAGGAGACAAUUUCUUCUCCCCCGCCCCCCUGCCCCACUAAAGUUAAAGGCUGUGAAUUUUUCAAGCUUAGGAAUUAUAUUUUAUUCAUCCUCGUAUCCAGAGUUCUCCAAAGAGUUUCCAACACAUGACGGUAGACGGGAUCUGGCUAAGAACCCCAAAGCAUGCAGCAUCCAUUUCACCGCUGAGUUUACAUUUCAGCAGAACAAUUCCAGAAUGAAUCAUUGCACGCACAGGUUGUUGGUUAUGCCCGGUUUGAAGCCCAUUUUCAAAGCUCUUUUCUACUUUGUGUUCAAGGCUAAGUUUGCAGAGAUUUAUGUGGAGAUUUCUUAUUCUUCUUGA